GAGUUGAAAGGUCAGUGUAGCAAAGAUGGCUGCUUCCAUAAUGGAACAUGGGGAAGAUGCGUUUAGAAAGUUGUUUAAACUUUAUAAGCGAAGAAGUCCACCACCUGAUUUCAGUGACGUCCUUGACUUUUCAAAGAUUGUUAAAUGUGACAAGGUCUUUCCCACCAAACUGGACCCAACUGUAGUCAGUGAUGGGGAGGCAAAGAUGGAGGGACUACGACCUAUCAGGGACUGGCAGGCCUUCGGCAUACAAGGUUAUCCAGGGUUCAUCUUCAUCUCAAACCCAUUCCUGCAUGGCUCACACCACUACUGGGUCAGACAGUGUCUGAAGACCUACCCUCAGAAGCCCAACGUUUGCAACUUGGACAUGCACAUGUCCCCCACUGAGACGAAGGAUAUAUGGGGGAAGAGUGCCCACCUACUCCAGGAGAAGGACUCAGGGAAAAGGGAACCAAAAACACUGCUGGAAAAGCUUCGCUGGGUGACCCUCGGCUACCACUACAACUGGGACACCAAGACGUAUUCUGCAGAUCACUAUACGCCUUUCCCUGACGAUCUUUACUCAUUGUCCCGCCACAUCGCCGCGGCCUGUGGGUUCACCAGCUUUAGAGCCGAGGCAGGAAUCCUUAACUACUACCAUUCUGAUUCUUCCCUGGGCAUCCAUGUGGACGAAUCGGAGCUGGACCACACGCCACCGCUGCUGUCAUUCAGUUUUGGCCAAUCAGCUGUGUUCCUCCUCGGAGGCACCCAGAGGGAAGACUUGCCCACAGCCAUGUACAUGCACAGCGGCGAUGUCAUGGUGAUGUCAGGACACAGCCGCCUCCUCUACCAUGCCGUGCCACGCAUAGUUCCAGCCCCCAAGGGAGACCCUUUAAAUCCCACUCUAGAGUUGGAUGGCUUAGACCUGGGCCCAGACCACGGACUCACCCAGCCUUGUACCCAGGGGAAGAGCCCACUGGUCAGACAGGUGUCUGCUGAGGACUGGGCAGUGUGCUCCAGGUACAUCCAGACUUCCAGGUUGAAUAUGACUGUCAGACAGGUGCUGGGGCCUGGGAAGGCAUUCCCCAAGGUGGACACUACCAAACAAACAGAAACAAGUGACACGGAAGGGUACCAUGAAGUUCAAGAUGGACAGAAUCAGGGACCGAAGAAGAAGAAGAGGAGUGACUGUUAACUGAUGAUGACGUGAUGGUUGCUGACAUAUUACAUUAGACACAUUCUUCUAUAGCUUCUUGAUGACAAGCAAAUAAUUUACAUCGAUGUUCAAAUAUUUAUUAUAUUUAUAAAGUUGAGGAAUUUUUUUUAUCACAGAGCGAUUGUUGAAACAGUUCCAAACCAAGUAUACAGUAUGUAUCCCUGCCCCUCAAAUGUAUACUUUGACUUUCACGAAAGUAUUUGAAGAUGGCAUUUUGGUAGACAACCAAGAUGGUCAUUCAUCAAUUGGUUGUCUAUCCAUAGGCAUUUUGGUCUGCACCCGUUGUUAAUGUCCCUUGGAAAUCCAAAAUUAACUGAGAAGGUUCCAGACUAAUACAUAUUUGCAAAUUGGUUUGGCGAUGCCAGACUAAGCGCACAUCAAAAUGGUCUGUUUUCUGGUUAGGAAACAGAACUACUUCCCAGGUGAAUGCCUAUCAUUCUAAUGGAGAAAAAAUUAAUGGGUAUGUGGGUGGGGCAAGUGGGUUGGAGGGGGAAAUGAACCCACUAUCAGGUGACGGAUGCAUGCAUUAGAAUUUCCAAGUAAUGAUCUUGAGCGGAGAUGUAUCUCACUGGAGUGAGGCUAAUUUGUAAAGGAGGAAGGGGUGGGUGUGGUUUUGUACCCCUGCACUUGCUUGCCUGAGUACCCCAGUACCUGUAUGUUUUCUGACAAUAAUGGUUGUUGUAAUGCGUGUUGUAAUGCGUGUCUUAGUAGGAGGUAGAGUGUGCACAUAUUCAUGCAUGUGACAGAGUCUGAAAAAGAAAUGAGAGGCCGUGUUUGUGUGAGGAAUCUAGAAGCAACAGGGCAGAAACAAAGACGGCAACUAGGUAGAGAAUAGCAGAUAAUGUACAGGCAACAUGAAUUAUAUGACUACAUUGAUCAUUCUGACAGCGCAUCAUUUUAUAUGGGGAUUUAGGGCGCCUCUCUGCGCAUCAGGAUGGGAAUGCUGUGUAUGGAGGUAUAUUAGGGUCAAAAAGAUUUACAAGUGUAAAACUGAAUAUAAAGGCGGAAUACCCAGUUCUGUGAUUGACCACAAGUUAAAUUUUUGUGGGUGUGAGUGAGUUUUUGAUUGGUGAAUGAGACUCGUUAGCCAAGUGGGGAGCGGGAAACAGGUUAGUGUAGCCACCCGCUAACGGGCCUUGAGGGGUCUUUGGCCACUGCCCCUGGUGCUGAGAGGGCCAGGAAGGCUCUGACUCUCUGGGGAUGUUACAGUCUGUGUGCGUGUGCUGUGCGUGUUGUAAAUGUGUGUUUGGUUCAGAGUGUACAACACUUUUUUGAGGUUGGUAUAGUGUAUGUGUAGCACCUAGUUUCCAAUGGCAAGACAAAAUGUCACAGUCAUCAGACUUUGCAGAAUGUGUCUCAGCUCUUUCCCAUCACAGUGACAGUGUCUACGCAGCAAUAUUACAAACAUAAUCAAUCCAUAUCCAUUACUUUACACAGGCUCUCUCCAUAGCAGGCACAUGCUUAAAAAGGACCCGCUUAAAAUCGAACGAGUUAAGACAUCAAUAUAGGACUACUUGUCAUAUAAGACGCUUGUAUUUAAAGUUGAUUGGAUUCAAAUCCAUCCAUUCUAAAUCUGUAUGUUGUUAUUGCAAUUAUGGAGGCAAUUGAUGCAGAAUAAAUGCAGUCCACAAUACCAUAUGUGCUGAUACAAGGAGAGAAGCUGUGGGUACUUAAUCAUAUUUGUUACAGUGACCAUGCAACGACAGCUAGUUCUUUGAUACGACACAAGAGAACAUAAGUGGCACUGUCCUUGGUGAAGCUGUAGCAGACACUCUUCUAAUUUAGGCCUCUCAUUUUCACUCUCCUCUGGUUUUUCGUCUUCCAUUUUCCUCUUCCAUUUCUUCAACUCUGUGAACUCUGUUGGGUCAGGGAUUUUACUGACCUGGUCUUUUUUUUUCUAUGUCCUUGUAUAUUUGCAAUGCUAGCACAAUAGCUUAUCUUGGCGAGCAAGUAGCAAGAUCAGAUAAUUCAUCCAGAAUUGUUGACUAGUGUACAAGAUUUCGUCUUUUUCAGUGUGUUCACUGGUCAAACGGUUGUCUUUAGUAUGCUACCCUAAAGGCGGGGUAGGUAAUGCUGUUGAGAAGCACUUUUUGUCAUAUUUGCUGAAAUAAACUUGACAUCCUGAUAGCAACCAAUAAUUCAAAAGUUUGACAGUAAAAUGAAAGCAAUCCAACAUCUGGGGGCAUCACAGGACUAAUAAACACGACCUAUCAUUAAGGUGGGACAGGCACUGAUGAUGGACAGCAUUUCGAGUCAUAUUGUCACUCUAUAUGUGCAGGCAUUAGCUGCUAAUCGGCAGCUAAUUCAGUGUAUAGACAGCUCAUUAAAGAUUAACCAGCCUUGUAGGGGCGGCCAGACCUUAAUAAACCUUGCAGCGAUGGAUGAGUUUGGCUCCUCGAUGCGACAAGCAGACAAAUGACAAUAAGGUGCACCAAGAAGUUAAAGUAGUUAUCGUGGCCCAUUUCCAGGAAGCAAAUAGAAUGAGAGGAGAAGUACAGUGUUGCUUUUCUUAUCACUGCCACACUGACACUCAGCUGGUUUUCUCCUUCCCACCCUUUGUCUCCUGAGUCAACGAAAGAAUCUCUGCUUGACUGGCAUCUGCUCAUGGAUGUCCUCCCGCCACCUCCAAACGGAGUUAAUCUUCAUCCCUGCCAUCACCAGUGACAGCAUCUGUGUGGCAGCCUCUCAAUCCUCAAUAAAC